CUUUCUGCGGACACUUCCGAUGCUCCAUUGGCUAUCGAAGACUCGCCCCACUCUAUGCUCCAAAUUACUUCUCACUCCAAAACCGAGCAGGCAAUAAAACAGGAGUCGCCUCCCAGUGUGGAAAGCAUAACCAGUCACAACACUGUCCACUUUAUUCCUGAUGGUGCGCCGUUAACUGCACAGGAAAUCUCUCAGCAUUUUGAUCGUGAGCGCCGUAUCUGCCCUGCCAAUAGUCGCUUUAAACGCCCCAUGGCGCCGGUAAUGGACAAGCGCAAAUUGGUUGGAAUGGGCGGUCAACUCAAGGCUGGUCGGUUCGGCAUCGACGGGAAAGAAGUUGCAGGCACCGAAGGCCUACUAGCAACACCACAAGUUGGUGGCUACAAAUUCAUGGAUACCUCAGCUUCGCCCGCCCUCUCAGUAUUCGGCGGAGCAGGCAGCACACCCCUCAUGACUUGGGGCGAGGUGGACUCCACACCCUAUCGGCUGGACGAGGAAACAGGUCACACACCUCUUGUUUCUUCCUUCCGCCUUCCUUCGCCUUCGAAACGCGAAGCUCUUGCGCAUCAGUUGGCUGACAGGGCAGGCCGUCAGCGAGCGAAGGGUCGAGCAGAAGCCAUGAAACUAGCCAAAAGCGGUCUCCUCCUCAGUCCCUACGCGGCGAAAAUCAUGCUUUCACCGGCAGCGAAACGUCUCCUGUCCACUACCACUGGUAGUAGUAGUGGCGGAAAGCUGGCCUUUGGCGGACGUCCAAAUUCAAGUGUUCGAGCAACUCCAUUGGGCUUAACACCGCGUCGACUGCCCUCGGAUAUCGGAGUAGUUCGACGACCACCAACAUCAUCUGUAAACAAGCCAUCGACUCCGAGACGGGAAAGUGAUGGAGGAAGAAGGGGAUUAGAGAGUGCAGCAGACUUAACAAAAGAUCUGCUCAACCUCUCGGGGUCGAAAAGUGCUGCCUCACCAACUAGUUAG